GCCCAAAACUUUUAAUUCGCAAAAGGGAAAAGCCGCAACAACAUUCAAUCCCAAUUACAGCUUAGAAUUAACUAGUGCUAGACAAACCCAAAUUGACCGGAAGUGAGACCAGGAUUUGACCCAAAAACAAUGCCACAGCAACGGCGCAAGGUGGCCUUCAGCGGCAAGAAGAAGAAGGACCAGAUGCUGCAGAAGCGCAACACAAAAGGUCCGCCCAAGUAUCUGCGUAGCACCCAGGAAUCGUACGAGGACAGCGAUGUGCCCGAAACAACAAGGAAACUCAUGGAACAGCCCUUCGCUCGCGGCGGAAAUCGGAACAAGAACGUGAAUCGCUAUAAUCUGCAGUUCUACCAGGAGGGCAAGAAGGAGCUCGAGCAGAUGAAACAGGAGGGCUUCAAGCCGUUCGAGGUACUCAGUCCCAAACAGCGGGAGGUGGACGAUCGUUACUUCGUCGGCUGCGACUUCCCAGUUCGACCACCUUGGAAACUGGCGAGCUCCAAGGAACAGCUGGAUCGCACCGAGAAUCGGUACUUUAAGGAAUACGUGGAUGAGCUGCAGAAGAAACAACGUGCUGGCGACUCAAAGGAGCUAUCCCUGUUCGAGCUGAACCUGGAAACCUGGCGUCAGCUUUGGCGUGUUCUCGAAUUCUCGGACAUCCUGCUCAUUAUUGUGGAUGUUCGCUAUGCCACGCUGAUGUUUCCGCCCUCCCUCUACGACUACAUCAUCAAUACGCUGAAGAAACAUGCUAUUGUGGUGUUCAAUAAGGUGGAUCUGGUGGAACCGCAUGUGGUAGUGGCCUGGAGGCAGUACUUCCGCGAACGUUACCCCCACCUACCAGUGGUCCUCUUCGCAUCCUUCCUACCGCGAUCCCGCAAAGGAAGUCAGCGUGGUCCACAGGCGCAUCGCAGGAGUAUGGAGGGUGUGUACAACAUAUACAAAGAGUGCCAGCGCUAUGUCCAAGGAGAGGUGGAUCUGACCGAAUGGGAGCAGAAGAUUCGCGAGGAUAUGCGCAGUGAUCAGUUGGAUAUCCUGGAUGAUCUAACAACGGCCGUCGAGGGGGAACUCAAGAUCAGCAGCAGCAUCGACACCACGCCGCACGAGCAUGUAAAGUAUCACAGUGGCGUCCUGACCAUUGGCUGUAUUGGUUUCCCCAAUGUCGGAAAGUCCUCGCUGAUCAACGCCCUGAAGGGACGCAAGGUGGUCAGCGUGAGUCGCACGCCCGGACACACGAAGCACUUUCAGACCAUUUUCCUCACGCCCCUCGUUCGCCUGUGCGAUUGUCCCGGUCUAGUCUUUCCGUCGAGUACUCCCAAAAGCCUCCAAGUGCUGCUCGGCAGUUUCCCCAUCUCCCAGCUGUCUGUUCCCUACCGCUCCUUGAAGAUUCUCGGCGAAAAUUUGAAUUUACCGCAGCUUCUGAGGCUUCACCUGCCCGAAGACUAUGAUGAGUGGUCGGCGGUGGCCAUUUCCGAUGCCUGGGCAUACAAGAGGGGAUUCCUUACCGCGAAGGCGGCCAGGCCGGAUCGCUAUCGGGCCGCCAAUCACAUUCUUCGCCUGGCCCUGGCCGGACAACAGCUGCUGGUACUGCAAUUCUAUCCGCCGGGUUUCGAGGAGCGACGGGAUCAGUGGCUCCUGCAUCCCGAUCUGGCCGAGGCCAAGAAGUACCAGCAAGUGGAUCUAGAAGAACCGGAGAGCGAGACCAACGGCGACACGUCAUCAGUCUGCUCGGAUACCGCCGACAGCGAUGAUGAAGACGAGGACAGCUCCAAUGACGAGACAAAUGCCGAUGAAGACGAGUGCGCCAUCGAGGAGGAUGCGCCCAGGUCCCGCAACGUAUUUGCUCUACUGGAGGACGACUAAAAGGCGCAUUUACCAAGAAAUUUUGUUAUUGCAUCACUAGUUUGCACCUAUAAUUUAUUAUUAACAUAUACUAUGUUUUGCUAAACAAUAAAUGAAAACACCAGGCUAAUGAGGCAGGUUA